UCGAGUUCAAACAUGGAGGCGCGGAAGGUCAAGAAGGUGUGUUGUCUCGGUGCUGGCUACGUCGGAGCCUCAACGUGCAGCGUCGUCGCAUACAAAUGCGUAGACCUACAAGUGACAAUCGUCGAUCUCGACGCGGCCAAGAUUGCCGCCUGGAACUCACCGGAUCUCCCCAUUUACGAGCCGGGAUUACAAGAGAUUGUUGAAACGGCAAGAGGUCGAAAUCUCUUCUUUUCUGUUGACAUCGAUGCCGCCGUCGUAGAGGCCGAUCUCAUCUUUAUCUCGGUCAAUACACCCACUAAAACGUUCGGUUUGGGCAAAGGGAGAGCUCCGGAUCUUAAAUAUAUUGAAGCGUCGGCUAGGAGAAUAGCUAGUCUGGCGAAAGGGAGAAAAAUCGUAGUUGAGAAGAGUACGGUGCCUGUGAGGGCUGCAGAAAGUAUUGAGAGGAUAUUUGAAGCCAAUCGAAAGGACAACGUAGAGUUGGAGGUUUUAUCAAAUCCCGAGUUUCUAGCCGAAGGAACAGCCAUGGAAAAUCUACUUAAUCCUGACCGAGUUCUAAUCGGUGGCUCUCAAACAGCAUCCGGUUAUGCUGCAAUGAAGCAACUGUCUUACAUCUACUCGCAUUGGGUUCCUGAGUCUAAAAUUAUUCUCACAAAUACUUGGUCGUCUGAACUCUCAAAGCUUACCGCUAAUGCUUUCUUAGCUCAACGUAUUUCAAGCAUUAAUGCAAUUAGUGCUGUAUGCGAGGCAACAGGUGCAGAUGUUACCGAAGUUGCACACGCAAUUGGCACAGACUCACGAAUAGGGAACAAAUUUCUGGGUGCAAGUUUAGGAUUUGGUGGUAGUUGCUUCCAGAAAGACAUUCUCAAUCUUGUUUAUUUAUGUGAGGCUCUUAAUUUGCCUGAAGUUGCUGCUUACUGGAAUCAGGUUAUUGCUUUGAAUGACUACCAGAAACGUCGAUUUGCCACUCGCAUCAUCAAUGCACUGUUCAACACAGUAACUGACAAGAGGAUUGCCAUUUUUGGAUUUUCCUUUAAGAAAGACACAGGAGACACACGAGAGUCACCUAGCAUCUAUCUGUGCAAGCACCUAAUGGAUGAGGGAGCUCAACUUGUCAUAUUCGACCCAAAAGUCAAACACACACAAGUCAUUGCAGAUCUGAAGCAUCCCAUGAUAUCCGAAGAUUCGUCAAGAGUCGACCGUUUAGUGACGAUUUGUCACGACCCGUACAAGGCGACUGAGAAUACUCACGCCUUUGUUGUGUGCACCGAGUGGGACAUGUUCAAGAGUCUCGAUUAUCAACGUAUUUACAGCAACAUGGAGAAGCCGGCGUUUGCUUUUGAUGGGCGAAUUGUGCUGGAUCAUGAUCGGCUGCAUGAUAUUGGAUUUCAUGUGGAGACAAUAGGGAAAGUGGUUGGACCGAGGAAGUUUAUCAUACCAACUACCCCUCCUCCUACCAGUUGAGUGCAGGUGGAGACACACGUGGCGACGCACAUGGAGAAAUACGUGGACACAUAUAUGUUGUUUUACUUGGAAACGUAUCAACUGCUGUUUGAACAGAAUACAGAGGAGAUUUUUUGGAUUUUUUUGUUUUAGGAUGAAUUUAGGUAGACAAGUCUGGUGUACACAGAGUGUUGCUGGCAACUUGCUAACGCACGUUAAGGUAUGCUGUUAGGACGUGAAACAGAUUGAAACUGCUUAGCUCGUAACUUUGAGAAACUGCUUAAAUUGAAUUAAACAAGUGACGACACAUACGUGUACGUACACUGCAAAGUGUAGUCAUUACGGCCAGAGAUGCCUGACUAACGCGCGUUAGAGUAAAUGGGCGGUCUGAUGCUGAGGUCGUCGUUUCGGUCGUUUACAGCCGGAGGCGUCAUUCUUCCGUAUCUGCGUUGCUCAAACUUAUCAACAGGCUGCGUGAUUUCUCAUCUACAGACAACCAGUCUACCAGCGCUCCUACGUUGGAGAUCAGAGAGGGAUGAAUGGAAUUCGACUGCGCAUGCUCUAACACAUCAAACGAUAUCUUCAAAUUUUUUAGGACUACAUAGCAUGAAAAAUAGCGAUAGAAUUGUUUCGAAGGGUUUUACAGAGUGGAGGAGUUUACCAGUCGCUCACUAUGAGUUUGACGGAUUGGGGGAAGAAUCCGAGGCUGUGACGUCAUCGGGUGGUGAAAUGAGAGUUAGUAGCGUGCUCAAGAAGAGGAGAUCGAAGAUGAAAAAACAGAAGUAUAAGAAAAGAUCAAGAAAGAACCGAUUCAAGACAAAAUAAACUUUGUGUGAUUUUUGUGUUGAGAGAGAAAUUGUAGAUGCGAGUGUGGUUUGUCGAGAGAAUAAAACAAUUUUUAGGUCACAACAA